AUGAAAAAUCAUUCUUCGAUAACAACUUUCAUUCUGAUAGGAUUAACAGAUGACCCACUUCUACAGAUUUUCCUUUCAAUAUUGCUGUUUCUCACCUACAUUUUCACUCUCGUUGGAAAUCUAAUAAUUAUCAUUCUCACUCUGGUGGAUGCUCACCUUAAAACCCCCAUGUACUUUUUUCUUCGAAAUUUCUCCAUAUUAGAAAUAAUAUUUACAACUGUCUGUGUUCCUCGAUUCUUAUACAGCAUGACAACUGGGGACAAAAGUGUUUCCUAUAAUGCUUGUGCCACCCAAUUGUUUUUUGUCAUCCUAACUGGGGCAACAGAAUUUUUUCUGCUCACUGCCAUGUCCUAUGACCGCUAUGUGGCCAUCUGCAAGCCUCUACACUACACUACCAUCAUGAAUGAAAAGGUAUGCACCAUCUUUGUUGUUUUCUGUUGGCUGAUUGGAUUAAUUGUCAUAAUCCCUCCACUUAGUCUGGGAAUUCAGCUAGAUUUCUGUGACUCAAAUCUGAUUGACCAUUUUGGUUGUGAUGCGGCUCCUCUUCUGAAGAUUGUAUGCUCAGACACUCAUUUUGUAGAGCAAGUUGUUUUAACCAUGGCUGUGCUGACCCUAAUAGUCACACUAAUCUGUGUAGUUGUGUCUUAUACACACAUCAUUAAGACUAUUCUGAAACUUCCUUCCCCUCAGCAAAGGAAGAAAGCUUUCUCCACAUGUUCCUCCCACAUGAUUGUAGUUUCCAUUACAUAUGGAAGUUGUAUCUUUAUCUAUAUCAAACCUGCAAAGGACGGAGUUGCCAUAAAUAAGGUGGUAUCAUUGCUCAAUACUUCGAUUAUCCCUUUGAUGAACCCUUUCAUUUAUACUUUACGAAAUAAGCAAGUCAAACAAGCCUUCAAGGACUCAAUUAAAAAGAUGGCAUUUCUUUCAAAGAAUUAG